AUGUCUCAUCUCUUGGCAAGCAUCUCCACCAUCAUGGAUGUUUUCUACCAAUAUUGUGACCAAGACGAGGACACAAUGAGCCAAAGUGCACUGAAGGAAUUUCUGGAGAAUGAGCUGCAAUGUAUUCUGAAGGAAAAAGGCCCAUCAGCAGCUUCUGAAGAAGGAGAAAGUCUCAGUAACCCUCAGUCCUCAAGCACAGGGAAAUAUAGUUCUGGCUCAGGCUCUGGCUCCAGACAGUCAUCUAGCUCUGGUCAACAUGGGUCAAGAUCAGACCACUCAUCAAGCAAUAGAGGUCAUGGAUCUAAUGUAGGUCAAGGUCAUAGUUCCCAUUCCCAGCAGUCCUCCAGCUCUGGCCAACAUGGCUCACACUCAGAUUCUGACUCAGAAUCUGGCUCAGGUCAAACUUCAAGCUCUAAGCACCAGGGGUCUAGAUCAGAUCAUUCCAGCUCUGGAAGACAUGGUUCCAGAAUCACUCAUUCCUCCUCUCAGAGAAGACAUAGGUCCAGCUCAGGUGAACAAUCUGAAACUUCUCAAGAUCAAGGACAUAGUUCUAGCUCCCAUCAAUCCUCCAGCUCAGGGAAACAUGGCUCUGGCUCCAUCUCAGGCUCAGGUUCUGGCUCUGGCUCACAGUCAUCUAGCUCAAAAAAACAUGGCUCAAGCUCAGAUUCUGGCUCUGGCUCCAGGCAAUCAUCUAGCUCUGGUCAAUAUGGAUCAAGAUCAGAUCAUUCAUCAAGCAACAGGGGUCAUGGAUCUACUGGAGGUCAAGGUCACAGUUCCGGUUCCCAGCAGUCCUCCAGCUCUGGCCAACAUGGCUCACAGUCAGAUUCUGACUCAGAAUAUGGCUCAGAUCAAGCUUCAAGCUCUAAGCGCCAGGGGUCUAGAUCAGACCAUUCUUCCAGGUCUGGGAAACACCAAUCAGGCUCAGGUCACUCCUCCUCUCAGAGAAGUCAUAGGUCCAGCUCAGGUGAGCAAUCUGGAACUUCCCAAGAUCAAGGACAUAGUUCCAGCUCCCAUCAGUCUUCUAGUUCUGGGAAACAUGGCUCUGGUUCAGGUUCAGGCUCAGGCUCUGGCUCCAGACAGUCAUCUAGCUCUGGUCAAUAUGGGUCAAGAUCAGAUCAUUCAUCAAGCAACAGGGGUCAUGGAUCUACUGGAGGUCAAAGGCAUAGUUCCCAUACCCAGCAGUCCUCCAGCUCAGGCCAACAUGGCUCACACUCAGAUUCUGGCUCAGGCUCUAACUCUGCCUCUGAAUCUGACUCAGAAUAUGACUCAGAAUAUGGCUCAGGUCAGUCCUCAAACUCUAGGCAACAGGGUUCAAGAUCAGGCCAUUCCUCCAGGUCUGGGAGACAUGACUCAGGCUCAGCUCAAUCUUCCUCUCAGAGAAGACACAGGUCCAGCUCAGGUGAGCAAUCUGGAAUUUCUCAAGAUCGAGGACAUAGUUCCCAUCAGUCCUCUAGCUCUGGGAAACAUGGCUCUGGUUCAGGCUCAGGCUCAGGCUCAGGCUCUAGGCAGUCAUCUAGCUCUGGUCAACAUGGGUCAAGAUCAGAUUACUCCUCAAGCAAUAGGGGUCAUGGAUCUAAUGUAGGUCAAGGUCAUAGUUCCCAUUCCCAGAAGUCCUCCAGCUCUGGCCAACAUGGCUCACACUCAGAUUCUGGCUCAGAAUCUGGCUCAGGUCAAACUUCAAGCUCUAAGCACCAAGGGUCUAGAUCAGAUCAUUCCAGCUCUGGAAGACAUGGUUCCAGAAUCACUCAUUCCUCCUCUCAGAGAAGACAUAGGUCCAGCUCAGGUGAACAAUCUGAAACUUCUCAAGAUCAAGGACAUCGUUCCAGCUCCCAUCAGUCCUCCAGCUCAGGAAAACAUGGCUCUAGCUCCAGCUCAGGCUCUGGCUCCAGGCAGUCCUCUAGCUCAGGAAAAUAUGGAUCAGACUCUGGCUCUGGCUCUGGCUCUGGCUCCAAACAGUCCUCUACCUCUGGCCAAUAUGGAUCAGAUUCAGGUCAGUCAUCAAGCAACAGGGGUCAUGGAAUUAGUCCACGUGACAAGAUAGGUGUUGCUACAGGUGAAGGUCAUAGAUCCCAUACUCAGCAGUCUUCCAGCUCUGGGCAACAUGCCUCUGAACAUGGCUCAGAUCAGCUUUCUCUGAAGAGAAAGCAGCAAUAUUUCUAAGAGUAGCCACAUUCUAGUCCUAAAGGAUCCAUGUUCUCCCUCUUUUAAUUAAUCAGAUUUGGUGGCCUAUAUCCUAUACCUCCGUGAUUCUUCUUUGAUAUAUGGAUCCACUUAUGGGAGAGAUCUAUUCAUUUUUUUGCUUUGCCUUUUUGACAAUUAUAUGACCUGAGCCUAUCAUAACACUUUUUUUCUGGGGUUAGAGAAAUCCUUUUUAAAAUUCUUCUGUUCUAUGUAGAAUUUUAUGCUUUUCUUCCUAUUUGCUUUUGAUUUCUUUUAGCUAUAUCAUUUAGUAAUAUAGCUUGUUGUUUACUUGAUUAGCUAAUCAAGAGGGGAAUAAAUGAAAGAAGGUAAACACAGUCAGGGAUUGAUUGGAAAGCCAAAUUAGGAAGUGUUUGGGGUAUUUGGUAUAACAAUGGCACUUUUCUUCAUUUGAGAACUUGACUUAUGAAACACCUUUGUGAUUGUGAAUUGAUAUUAUGGGCAAUCAAUAAUCUCUAAGGAGCUAAAAGAUAGUUGAAUAGAUUCCUGGUCUUUAAUUGCAAAAUCAUACUUCCAGUCCUAUGUUCCAGAUAGAAUGCUAUACUGUGGGAAUAAGUAUUAAGAUUAUAAAAGCAGGGAAGCAUCUUCAGUACUUUUGAAGUUCACAAUGGUGAUAAAACCCUGAUUCCUUAGAGUAUUUUCAUAAGAAAACCAACAAUCUUUAAGAGAAUUUGGAAUUAUGCCCUUCUCCCUCAGAAACAGAUGAAAAGAGGUAGUUGAGAGGUAGUAAUGUCUCCCAUUUUGAUCCAAAGAGCAAAAUUAUGGGCACUAACAACAUUAAAGAAUGUGCAUUUAGAAACUAUUGUAAAUUUGAAAUCUAGGGAAUAAUUUCUUCAACUUCUGACUUUAGACUACCUCGUCCUUUCACCAAACGUUACACUUAAGAGAAUGGUAUCUAUGAGGAGAAGGGAAGAGAAAAUGUACAUUAUUAUUGUGAAGCUCUUAUAAUUGGCUAUAAUAAAUUCAAGAUUAUUGACUCUUAAUUGUUAUAGGACAUUUGAUAAAUUUUUAAAAUUGAAUUUCAACAUAAUUAACAAUAAACAAUUGAUUAUCAAAUAA